AUGGUCUUGUCCCUCAGUCCCUGCAGCCCUCACAAACAGCUGUGCAAUGGAGCAUACCCGAGGCUUUGCGAGAAGGAGGAGGAUCCAGGAAAUGUCCCGGUGCCUACAAAGCUCACUCUCUUCGACAAACUGAUGCUGUCCCACAACAUCUGGCUGCAGCUGGGGAUCGAGUCAGCACAAGUCAGGGACAUCCUGAGGAAUCAGCCGCCAGGGACAUUUCUGAUGUGGAGUAAUAAUUGUGGGAAAAAUAAGAUGCUGACAGUUCGACUCGGAAACGGAGCUUCUGGGUGUCAGGAUUUUGUUGUUAAGGAGGAUGCUUUUGUUUUAUCUCUGGAACACUCCUAUCUGGGAUUCAGCAGUCUAUUUCAAAUGAUCGCAUAUUACUGUGUGAGCAGGGAUAUCCUGCCUUUUCGGCUCCAACUACCUGCAGCCAUCUUACAUGCAAACAGCAAGGAGCAUCUGGAGCAGAUCUCAGCACUGGGCAUGAUGUUCUGGGAAUCCCUAUUCAACCAGAGCCAGGAUACGACAUUCCGGGAAGUCGAGGGGGACGCCUUGGCUGUCAAUCCCACAUCCGGCUUCGGACUCCUGAAGCAGCAGCCCCUCCCGAUGUGCUCCAUCCAAGUGACGGCCGAGAACGGUGCCCUCUUCUUCAUCAACCCCCUUUUCCUGAGGGAGCAUGGGGACAGCUGGGUCACCAAGGUCCCACUGCAGACACAGGCCUUCGGGCCCUCGUGCCUGGCGACCAGGAACAAGACACCAGCAUGGACUGGCUGCAAAGCAACUCCCACUUCCCCCCGAAACCAGCAGGAGGCAGCGUCGGCAAAUGCUGUAGAGACAUUGGAUUCUGGGAACAGCCUGGAAGAAGAGGACGCUUUCAAAGGCCCCAGCCUGGGGAGGGACAUGGUUUCGGACAAUAACGUGGCGGCUCUGAGGAGAAAGAACUUCACACGGCGGGCGGCCUGGAGCUGGGGGGAAGAUGCCGAGAGUGAGGCCCCGGAAAGCGAGGACAUGGAGCGGGAAAGGCCCAGGCCUAAGAGUACCAGCUCAGAGACGGGGCCUGGGAGCAGCCGCACCCUCCCGGCCCACUACCGGGCCUCGUGGCUGGGAGCGGGCGAGCGGGGGACCUUGCCGUCGCUGACCAAGUCCCACUCGGAGGCGUCUCUGUUUGCCUGCGACAGCCCGCCUCUCCCCUCCAUCUCGGAGCUGGACUCGCUGUCCAUCAGCAGCGUGGAGGAUGAGGGCGAUGUGACCAGUGCAGCCCAGAUGCAGCAGAAACGUCCCUCGAGCGGCCUGUCCGACAGGGUGCGUUAUCGCCUGUCGGCCGUGGGCCAUGCCUUAACCGGCCUGGUGUCUGCUGACCGCCGGGUCCGUAACAAGAUCGAGGAGCUGGGUCAGGACAAGGGCUCCUACUUCGGAGGCCUGGUCCAAGGCUUCAUCUCGUACACGCGCCAGAACCGGUACAAGUACGCCAGCAGCACCGAGAUGCUGCAGGCCAUCUACCACAUGAUCGCCAGCCUCCGCAACUACCUGAGCCAGAGCUCGGAGCUCACUCCCAUCCUGGACCAGACCGAGCACGAGGAGUGUGAUAUAGACUCGUCCAUCGAAAAGGCUUUGCAGAAGUGUAUCCUGAAACCCUUGCGGGACCACAUUUACUCCUGCCUCUUGGAGUUCCACACCAAGGAUGGCUCUCUGGGCAAGCUCAGGGACAAGCAGCUGGUGCUGCAGAAGCAGAGCCUUGCAGACCUGGGCAUCACCGCCCGCGUGCCCGACUCUGCGGCUCUGGACAAAAUCCAGGGCAAGUUCAACACCAUGCACAUGCUGUACUCCCCCUGGAAGAAGGUGACACAGCUGCUGAAGGCCUGCAAACUGAUCUACGAAGCCAUGUCCGGGACAUCGGGGCAACCCCAUGGAGCCGAUGACUUCCUGCCAGUGCUCACCUAUGUCCUGGCCAGCAGCAACUUGACCAACCUCUCUCUAGACGUGGAGUACAUGAUGGAGCUCCUGGACCAGAGCCAACUCCAGGGUGAAGGUGGAUACUACCUAACGACGAUGUUUGGUGCACUCUAUCACAUCAGCAACUUCCAGCCCAGGCAAUUCACCCGGCAGAUGAGUGAUGAGGCUAAGUCAUCAAUACGUCAAUGGCGAACGAGAAGAACCAUUCACUAUACCCAGUCAAAGAGACGCUCAGCACAGGAUUUGCUGCACAUCUCUCUGCGUGAACCUAGUGGAAACCAGGUGCCUAUAUUAGCCCCAGCGCACAUGAGUGUGGCCGAGGUGGAGAAGGCGUGUGCCGAGAAAUUCGACGUGCCGGACCCCGAGAGCUACAGACUCUUCGUGGUCCAGGGAGACUCGUACCAGCCACUGGAGGGGGACUCCUGUCCCCAGAAGGUCAGGGAGGAGCUGAAACAGAAAGGGGAGACCGCCUUCCACUUUGUGUACGGACUCAAGGACAGAAGCCAGUGCCCCCAGACUCCCUCAGAGGACAGGCAGCCCACUCCAUGACGGGUCUCCCUCGGUGAUGGGGAUGGAGGGAGCUGGAUCGUUGGGGCUGCCCUGGGCGAGUUUGAGAACCGGGGGUCACUUGCUCAAGGAUGGUAACGCUGCCGUCUCCUGUUUCUGAGGGGAGCCGAUGGAUCACGGGAACCGUGGGAGGCCAUUCGGCCCCUCCACACCAUUCAUACGGCUGAGAUGUCCUGGUCUCCAGGAGACAUUCUUUCCUCUACAAACCCUCUAUGUCGGGGAAGCGGGGGGAUGGGGAAUGGAUUUUUUUUCUAACCUUCUCAUUCAUUCUGUCAUAGUCCACAGUCUGUGCUCCCUUUUUUGGUUCAUCAACAACUGUUCAAUAUGCAGUGACCGAAGAAUCUCUACAAGAUCUCACACCCAAAAAAUGACGAGGCAGUAGGACAUGGGCAUGACUGGCUGAGCCAACAUUUAUUGCCCGUCCCUAAUUGCCCCUUGAGAAGGUGGGGAUAAGCCACCUUCUUGAACCGCU